CUGCCAUACGAAGCCUUCUUCUUCGUCUUCUUCAACUUUUUCCUGAGUUCUUCUUCUUCUUCCAAAAGCUCCAAUGCUAAAGCUUUCGCCAUUUCCUGUGUGCUCUCUCGCAUCUCUCUUCCAACUCAAAUCUCUCUUCCUCUGAUGCAAAAUGUCAUCGUCUUCGUCUUCUUCUUCUUCUUCUUCUUCUUCUUUCCUUUCUUUGUCCUCUUCUCCAUCGCCGUCUCUGCAGAGGAGCUCCGACAGCAGCACGCAGGAUUCGGAGGCGGAGCGGCGUCUUCGUGAGGCGGAGGACCGGCUCCGGGAAGCUAUUGAGGAGCUUCAGCGGCGACAGCGGAAAGUAGCGGCGUGUGGAUCUCAUCAUCACCAGAGCCGGGAGCAGCCCCCGCCGUGUGAUCAUGCCGCUUAUGAGUCCUCCUGUGUGGCUAAUGCCAUUGGUAACCUUUGCCAGACCUUCCUCCUUUCCUAUGGUGUUAGAGUUGGCAUUGGUAUACUUCUCCGCGCUUUCAAGCUCGCACGGAGACAGUCCUAUUCCUCUAUCCUUGAUCUUAAGCAACUUGUCUCAGAGAAAGACUUGAUAGUAAGGGAAGAAGCUUGUCGGAUUGGUUUGUUUUUUGGUGGUUUUACUGGGUCUUAUCAUGCCCUUAGAUGCUUGCUUAGAAAGUGGAGAAAGAGGGAGACAUCGUUAAAUGUAAUAUUAGCAGGUUCAGUGGCUGGUCUGUCUGUUUUAGCAUUGGAUGACUCAAAUCGGAGGCGUACUCUUGCUUUAUAUCUUAUGGCUAGACUUGCUCAGUGUACCUAUAAUUCUGCGAAAUCCAAGAACAAGUUCCACCUUUGGGGGAGUCAUUGGAGACAUGGUGAUUCUCUGCUUUUUGCCAUGGCAUGUGCACAGGUUAUGUAUGCCUUUGUAAUGCGUCCUGAGAGCUUGCCACAAUCAUAUCGGGACUUCAUUCAAAAGACAGGGCCAGUUGCCGAACCUGUCUACAAGGCUGUACGAGAUAGUUGUAGAGGCUAUCCCAUUGAUGUUGCAUCACUUUCUUCUUAUUUGUCAGAUAAAAAAAUAUCUGGCUAUGAAAAUCUAGGGGAAUUUCCUUCAAUUAUUCCGUGUGAUAUAAUCCAUCCAGACACGAAUUCGUGCAUGGCUCACAAUGGGAAGGCAGCAUCAGCCACAUUCAAGAAGACAUUUCCUCUUUACUUCUCAUUGACAUUUGUACCAUUUGUUGUUCUGCACCUACAGAAAUUCAUGGAUGCUCCCGGUCGCACCUGUUGGCUUGCUGUCAAAGGUGCAGUUCGGUCAACAAGUUUUUUGUCUGCCUUUGUUGGCAUUUUUCAGGCGGUCAUUUGUUUGCAUAGGAAAGUUGCAACCAAGGACCACAAACUCGUAUAUUGGGUUGCCGGUGGGAUAUCUGCCCUUUCAGUUCUUUUAGAGAAGAAGGGAAGACGAUCUGAGCUAGCUCUCUAUGUUCUUCCCCGUGCAGUAGAUUCUUGGUGGUAUAUCUUGGUCAAUCGCCACCUGCUUCCAAACAUAAAAAAUGCUGAGGUCUUCCUAUUCUCAAUUUGUAUGGGAGGAAUCAUGUAUUACUUAGAAUAUGAGCCAGAUACCAUGGCUCCAUUCCUCCGAGGUCUGAUUCGUCGCUUCCUCGCAAGCAGAAUCAGCAAUUCAGGCACAUCUUCCAGUCGAGAUGUUUCACACUCUUAUUUAAACACACUCGACGCCAUGAAGAAGCCAAAUUUGGAGGAUGGUAAGGAAGCCGAAGCUGCUGCACGGUCUGAGAAGUACAACCUUGAAUCAAUUCCAGGCUUAUAGAACAGGAGUUCACGAAAUGCAAGGUAAUGGGAUACAUGCUUUAAUUUUCUUCUUAAAUAAAAUUCCAUUGAGUUGGUUGAUUGAAAAAUUAACUAUUAGCCAACAUUCGAUUGUCCUCAUCGUGACAUUUAAUUUUAUGCUAUCUUGGCAUGCUUUCUACUAGUGCUGGGAUGUUACAAGAACCAUGUGAUAAAAGGAAAGAUUAUGCAGGAAAUUUAACAGAUGGAGCCCUUUCCUUUAGUUUUUUUCUUUGGUUCGGCUCCAUUUGUCUUUUCAGGGGAUUUAUUCUUGUUUUGUAUGCUGUUGUAUCCUUUAAUUUUCUUCAUGAAAGUAAUAAUAAGAACAAUGAUGAGCUUUUAGGCUUUAGUUUGAUGGU